AUGAGCGCAGGUGACAACGAUGCGUUGAAUCUCUUCCGGACGAGUCUGGUAGCCUCAUCACCGCCUUUACCCACACGUAGCGCCGAUGCAUCAUCGGCCAGCGACAUUGCGCCUCUGACUGAUGCGUCCCACCUGCUCUUCAACACACAAUCCGCUGCCGAUGGAGUCCAACAUACUACGCUUGCAUUGACGACAGCCACGAGAUUCGUCUCGCAAACCAAUGGCGCCCUUGACCUGGCUAGUAUCUUCUGGUGUUGGCAGAACAAGGACAAGAGUACGGGAGACUACAUCGCUGCAACCCAGGAGCUCAACACGGCGCGUACAUCCAAUGGCCUUAGCGAAGUGCGCAACUUGGUCUUUGCCGAGAAGCUCGACUUGAUCAACUGGUUGUCUGGCGAGAACGACAGCGAGUUCAUCAAGAGUCUAGACGACAACCGUCAGACGCGUGCUCAGGCCCACGAUGCUGCAAAGAUGGCCAGUGGGGACGGCGAUGUGGUCAUGCAAGAUGCGAGGGCCGAAGACGAUAAGCUACGCGACAUCUACGCUCUAGAACGCAAGACUGGCGAUCGCAACUCGAUUCUCAGAGGCAGCAAACCUACCUAUGCUGAAGCAUUCUUGGGUCGCUCCAAGGCAUCGGCUCCAACUCCCGCUCUUAUCGCACCAGCUCCCGCCAUCCGUCCUGCAAAGCCAUCCAGUGGCCGUCGUCCCGAGCCCAUCAUCCUCCUCUCUCCAUCAGCGUCGUCGCUUCUUCGCCUGUCCAAUGUCAAGUCUUUCCUCAUGGAUGGUGUCUACACUCCUCCUACCUCCACUACUUCGACCACCUUGAACAUCCUCCAUGUCAAUCGCGUCAUGCCAUCCAUAGAGCCCACGCGCCCUCUGCGUUUCAUCCUUGUCGAGUCGCCUGAUAACUUCAAGCCCGACUACUGGAAUCGCGUUGUUGCCGUCUUCACAACUGGCCAGGCGUGGCAGUUCAAGGGCUACAAGUGGAGUCAACCAGCAGAGCUCUUCAGCCAUGCCCUGGGUGUCUACGUCGGCUGGCGUAACGAGCUCCUUCCGGAUACCAUCAAGGGCUGGGGCAGAGGUGUGCUGAAUGUUGGUAUUGACGCGUACCGCGAGGGUCAGACUGCCCAACAAAGAUGGAGAGACCGUGAGACUGUGGAAGAAAUUUGGAGUGCUAUCGAGGCCUCUAUGAGAGCUCGUGGCUUCAACAGAGAGACAAGAUAG